AUGGGGGACCUGUUUAUGCUCAGGGUAGCUGUGGGCAUAUGCUAUGCCACCUUCACUGCCUCCGCCUGGUCAGUGAACAAUUUCCUGGUAACAGGUCCCAAGGCCUAUCUGACCUACACGACCAGCGUGGCCCUGGGAGCCCACAGUGGCAUUGAGGAGUGUAAGUUCCAAUUUGCUUGGGAACGCUGGAACUGCCCGGAAAAUGCUCUCCAGCUCUCCACUCACAACAGGCUGAGAAGUGCCACCAGGGAGACUUCCUUCAUUCAUGCCAUCAGCUCUGCGGGAGUCAUGUACACCAUCACCAAGAACUGUAGCAUGGGAGACUUUGAAAACUGUGGCUGUGAUGAGUCAAAAAAUGGAAAAACAGGAGGUCAUGGCUGGAUCUGGGGAGGCUGCAGUGACAAUGUGGAAUUUGGGGAAAGGAUCUCCAAACUCUUUGUGGACAGCCUGGAAAAGGGAAAGGAUGCUAGAGCCCUGAUGAAUCUUCACAACAACAGGGCAGGCAGGCUGGCAGUGAGAGCCAUCAUGAGAAGGACCUGCAAAUGCCAUGGCAUCUCUGGGAGUUGCAGCAUCCAGACAUGCUGGCUGCAGCUGGCUGACUUCCGGGAGAUGGGGGACUACUUGAAGGCCAAGUAUGACCGGGCCCUGAAAAUUGAGAUGGAUAAGCGGCAGCUGAGGGCGGGCAACAGCGCUGAGGGCCGCUGGGCACCCACGGAGGCCUUCCUUCCCAGUGCAGAGGCUGAGCUGAUCUUUUUAGAGGAAUCGCCAGACUACUGUACCCGCAACUCCAGCCUGGGCGUCUCUGGCACAGAAGGUCGGGAGUGUCUGCAGAACCACAACGCAUCUCGGUGGGAGCAACGCAGCUGCGGGCGCUUGUGCACCGAGUGUGGCCUGCAGGUGGAGGAGAGAAGAGCCGAGGCUCUCAGCAGCUGCAACUGCAAAUUCCAGUGGUGCUGUACGGUCCGGUGUGAGCAGUGCAGGCACGUGGUGAACAAGUACUACUGCUCACGCCCCCCAGGCAGCGCGUGGUCCGGGGGCGGAGCCAGGGCCUGA